UCUAGCAGGGGAGAAAUUUGAGGAAGUGACUUGUUGGAAAUGUGGCGUCCUAUGACAGUGCUACGUUGAAAGUCACUGAGCUAUUCAGUAAGGCCGUUCUACUGCCAAUGUUUGUCUAUUGAGAGUGCAUGGCUGUGUGCUCAAUUUUUCUACACCUGUAAGUAAUGGGUGUGGCGGAAAUAGCUGAAUCCACUAGUUUGAAGGGGUAUCCGCAUAUUUUUGUAUAUGUAGUGUGUACUGUACUCGUGAUAUGUACUGUGCUAGUAAUAUGAUAGUGUGUGUAUAAUAUAAUGUACUAGUGAAUGAGAUAUAGUAUAUGUAUUAGUAAUAUUAUAUAGUGUCCUGAGUGUUUCUGUCCAGGUCUGAUGGGGUGUGUUUGUGUUUCCCGAACAAAACAACAAGCAGCAAUUGCCCCUGCUCUCCUGGACAUGUGAACACAUGUCCCUGGGGACAUGAAGUACACUACUCUAGAGCAGAGCCUUAUGAGGCAGCCCUAUGAAGCUCGGGCCAAAGUACUGAACUAUGUAGGGAAUAGAUUUCCAUUUGAGAUCUGCCUCCAGGGAUCUGACUAAUUCUGCUGUUAUCUUUUUAAGCUUCUCUUGCCAGUGUUAAAUUGAUAGUUUUUUUUAUUGUGCGUUUUAAUUUAUAUUUGAUUAUUGUUAUGCUAUUUUACAUGCACAGUACUUUACAGAAUUUGUCAUGAUAGAAAAUGAAUGUGAUGUCCUUCCUGAUUUUAGGUCUAUAUUUAAAUAGCUCAUAAGAAGUGUUCUCUCAUUUUAACCCUUUAGAUCCAGGAGCUGCUGUUCAUCUCAAUGUAUUUAUCUAACCUUAACUACCCCUUAUAGACUGGCCUCUGACUGUAUUUAUCUGAAGUAGAACCGAGCAAUAGGUCUGGAUGAAGGUUAUGUUUAUACAACUAAAGAAUCCUGUCAUUUCAAGUCUGGGGAAUGUCGUCUACUGUGUUAUCUUCUACUUCCCCCUAGCUCUGAUCCAUACUGUCACUACGUUCUCUACUGCCCCUAGCUCUGGUCUAUACUGUCACUACAUUAUCUACUACCCCCUAGCUCUGGUCCAUUUUGUCACUACAUUCUCUACUACCCCCUAGCUGUGGUCCAUGUUGUCACUACAUCCUCUACUGCCCCCUAGCUCUGGUCCACAAUGUCACUACAUUCUCUACUUCCCCCUAGCUCUGGUCCAUACUGUCACUACAUUCUCUACUUCCCCCUAGCUCUGGUCCAUACUGUCACUACAUCAUCUACUACCCCCUAGCUCUGGUCCAUGCUGUCACUACAUUCUCUACUGCCCCCUAGCUCUGGUCUAUACUGUCACUACAUUCUCUACUGCCCCCUAGCUCUGGUCUAUACAUCCCUGCUACUCGGAGCAUGUAACAGACCUUAUGAGAAUAUAAAGCCCAUUGGAUCAACUGACAGUAAAGUGUAGCAUCAAUCUUCAUGCCUGGUUUAACUGUCAUUUAAUAGGAUCUCUAUGGGUUUACCUUUCAAACAUGAUAGUUGUAAAGGUUUUGUUAAAUGUACCCAGCUGUUUAAUAUUUACUAUUUUAACCAUGCUUAUUCAUUGGUAUUCACAAUAAAACUAAAAGCCAAAUAUCCAGAAUAUUGUGGUUUACUAUGAUUUCUGUAUGACUGGCUUUUCUUUUUACACAGAUCAUGUUCUAGGUUGAUAGGUCAUGUAGUUGACAUGGGUAAUGGUCUAGGUUGAUAGGUCAUGUAGGUGACAUGGGUAAUGGUCUAGGUUGAUAGGUCAUGUAGGUGACAUGGGUAAUGGUCUAGGUUGAUAGGUCAUGUAGUUGACAUGGGUAAUGGUCUAGGUUGAUAGGUCAUGUAGGUGACAUGGGUAAUGGUCUAGGUUGAUAGGUCAUGUAGGUGACAUGGGUAAUGGUCUAGGUUGAUAGGUCAUGUAGGUGACAUGGGUAAUGGUCUAGGUUGAUAGGUCAUGUAGGUGACAUGGGUAAUGGUCUAGGUUGAUAGGUCAUGUAGUUGACAUGGGUAAUGGUCUAGGUUGAUAGGUCAUGUAGGUGACAUGGGUAAUGGUCUAGGUUGAUAGGUCAUGUAGUUGACAUGGGUAAUGGUCUAGGUUGAUAGGUCAUGUAGGUGACAUGGGUAAUGGUCUAGGUUGAUAGGUCAUGUAGGUGACAUGGGUAAUGGUCUAGGUUGAUAGGUCAUGUAGGUGACAUGGGUAAUGGUCUAGGUUGAUAGGUCAUGUAGGUGACAUGGGUAAUGGUCUAGGUUGAUAGGUCAUGUAGGUGACAUGGGUAAUGGUCUAGGUUGAUAGGUCAUGUAGUUGACAUGGGUAAUGGUCUAGGUUGAUAGGUCAUGUAGGUGACAUGGUUGAUAGGUCAUGUAGGUGACAUGGGUAAUGGUCUAGGUUGAUAGGUCAUGUAGUUGACAUGGGUAAUGGUCUAGGUUGAUAGGUCAUGUAGGUGACAUGGGUAAUGGUCUAGGUUGAUAGGUCAUGUAGGUGACAUGGGUAAUGGUCUAGGUUGAUAGGUCAUGUAGGUGACAUGGGUAAUGGUCUAGGUUGAUAGGUCAUGUAGUUGACAUGGGUAAUGGUCUAGGUUGAUAGGUCAUGUAGUUGACAUGGGUAAUGGUCUAGGUUGAUAGGUCAUGUAGUUGACAUGGGUAAUGGUCUAGGUUGAUAGGUCAUGUAGUUGACAUGGGUAAUGGUCUAGGUUGAUAGGUCAUGUAGUUGACAUGGGUAAUGGUCUAGGUUGAUAGGUCAUGUAGUUGAUAUGGGUAAUGGUCUAGGUUGAUAGGUCAUGUAGUUGACAUGGGUAAUGGUCUAGGUUGAUAGGUCAUGUAGGUGACAUGGGUAAUGGUCUAGGUUGAUAGGUCAUGUAGUUGACAUGGGUAAUGGUCUAGGUUGAUAGGUCAUGUAGUUGACAUGGGUAAUGGUCUAGGUUGAUAGGUCAUGUAGGUGACAUGGGUAAUGGUCUAGGUUGAUAGGUCAUGUAGUUGACAUGGGUAAUGGUCUAGGUUGAUAGGUCAUGUAGGUGACAUGGGUAAUGGUCUAGGUUGAUAGGUCAUGUAGUUGACAUGGGUAAUGGUCUAGGUUGAUAGGUCAUGUAGUUGACAUGGGUAAUGGUCUAGGUUGAUAGGUCAUGUAGGUGACAUGGGUAAUGGUCUAGGUUGAUAGGUCAUGUAGUUGACAUGGGUAAUGGUCUAGGUUGAUAGGUCAUGUAGGUGACAUGGGUAAUGGUCUAGGUUGAUAGGUCAUGUAGUUGACAUGGGUAAUGGUCUAGGUUGAUAGGUCAUGUAGGUGACAUGGGUAAUGGUCUAGGUUGAUAGGUCAUGUAGUUGACAUGGGUAAUGGUCUAGGUUGAUAGGUCAUGUAGUUGACAUGGGUAAUGGUCUAGGUUGAUAGGUCAUGUAGUUGACAUGGGUAAUGGUCUAGGUUGAUAGGUCAUGUAGUUGACAUGGGUAAUGGUCUAGGUUGAUAGGUCAUGUAGGUGACAUGGGUAAUGGUCUAGGUUGAUAGGUCAUGUAGUUGACAUGGGUAAUGGUCUAGGUUGAUAGGUCAUGUAGGUGACAUGGGUAAUGGUCUAGGUUGAUAGGUCAUGUAGUUGACAUGGGUAAUGGUCUAGGUUGAUAGGUCAUGUAGGUGACAUGGGUAAUGGUCUAGGUUGAUAGGUCAUGUAGUUGACAUGGGUAAUGGUCUAGGUUGAUAGGUCAUGUAGUUGACAUGGGUAAUGGUCUAGGUUGAUAGGUCAUGUAGUUGACAUGGGUAAUGGUCUAGGUUGAUAGGUCAUGUAGUUGACAUGGGUAAUGGUCUAGGUUGAUAGGUCAUGUAGUUGACAUGGGUAAUGGUCUAGGUUGAUAGGUCAUGUAGUUGACAUGGGUAAUGGUCUAGGUUGAUAGGUCAUGUAGGUGACAUGGGUAAUGGUCUAGGUUUAUAGGUAAUGUAGCUGACAUGGGUAAUGUUCUAGGUUGGGAUAUAUAAUCUAGUUGACACUGGUAAUGUUAAACAAUAUUUUCCCCCUUAGUACAGUAUGGGAGUGCUUUUUGUGACCCCAUAAAAAGUUGAGCGUGACUACCUUAUUGCCUUAGUAAUAAAAGUAUACAAUUUCCUGAGUCGUAUGAUGUUGCGUAGUGAUGUGUAAGCAGUGUUGGUGAGCAGAGUCCACAGGAGGGUUCACUGGUUUCUGCUCCAGUCAGACAGAACAGGAGUAGUUUCAGUCCAGACAGAGAACAGGAGUAGUUUCAGAACAGACUGAGAAUUGAAAGGGUUUCAGACCAGACUGGUGUUAAAGGAAGGGGCUGUAUCUAAACCCUGGGGAACAAGGGUUAAAGACAUGCCAUCAGGGCGGAUGAUCAAGCUGGUGGUGUACGAGGUGUUACAGGUCGCUUGUCUCAGUGUUCCAAUGUUUGUGGUGAUGGAGAGGUUUGCUUCCCUGAUGCUCCAUGUCAGAGGAGAUCUGACUGCCUAUUGGUUGGUGGUAGCAGCUUCCAUAGCCUACGUUACCUCUGUAUCUCUGCUGGUCUGGGUUCCACUCCGGUACUUUGUCCUCAAGCAGCGCACGGUCAUCACAGACAUCACGCAGUGGAGACCAACAACAUUGGCCUAUGUGAUUCUGUGCACGUUACCAUGCUUCUCUAUUCUGAUCGCCGGUUCCAAGGUGCAGGUGGAUAAGGGACCCCAGUACAGACAGGACCACUUCUCUGAGCUGCCCAUCUCUCUUGUGCUCUUCUCUCUCAUCUGUGUGGAUAUCAUCGAGAGGAUCCGGCCGUGCUGCCUCACUGGGCAAGCAGACCGUAUGGAAAUGGAUCUGGACAUGCCGGGUCCUGUUCUGACCCACCUGGAGCAGGUGAACAGCGUGUCGGGCCAACUGUACUAUGAGAGGGGGCAGAACGGGGUGUUGGGGAACGGUUCUGGUACAGGGAGGUGGAGAGACCAGGAAGCAGUCGGCUCACGACCAACCAGCGCGGCCUACCUAUACUCGUCACACUCCCACUCUGGCCCGCUCCGUGUCCUGUGGUCCCAGGAUAUGAGGUCAGAGGUGAUUGUUCACAGCUUCCUGUUCUGGAUGGAUGUGGUGGAGCUGGUGCGCGUGGCGGGGAUUCCAGAUGUGUUUUACUCUGGCUGGGUGUUUGCUGUCUACAUCCUGGCAUUUCUGUCCUGUCUCCGUCUGGCAGUGACGCCUCACAGCGCUCUACUGCCAUCAGCUGGCUUUUUCCUGCAGGACCUGCCUUUCCUGCUGCUGCGCCUCGCUCUGAUCUCUGUCCACGGCUACAUCACACCCCUGCUUUACCCAAUGAAGAACCUGUUGGUCUGCCUUACAUUCACCUACUUCAACUUCCUGACCAAGCUCCGCCUCUUCCGCAGAGAUAGCAUGUUCUAGUCUUGCCCACCAGACACUCUCUCUCUGUCGAGACGUCUGGUUUCACAGCGCCUCAGAACUGGACUUGACGGGGAGUCUAUGGCAGGACCAGUGAAAACAGAAGUGGUGUAAAGUACAUUUUAUCUGUACUUUUAUUUACUAUUUAUGUUUUUGACAACUUUUACUCCACUACAUUCCUAAAGAAAAUAAUGUACUUUUUACUCCUUACAUUUUGCCUGACACCCAAAAGUACACAUCACAUUUUGAAUGCUUAGCUGCACAGGAUA